AUGAGAGAUAUAAGUGAGUUUGGUUUACACGAAUUGGACGAUUACAAUGAGAUGAUUAGAUGUCUGUCCGCUUUCAAAGAGGACUUUAUUCAAUGCAAUCACGACAUCAGACGACUCGCCAAAACUGCUUACAAUGUUUUCCCCGAAAACUCUACACUCGGAAAGGCAUUCAAAUGCUGUGGCAUUUGGAUGGUUAGGGACUGUUGGUAUAAGAAAGCGGAAGAGAGUUGUCCUAAAAAUCAAUUACAUUUGAUUCAUAAAAUGCCACAUAAAUUGUUGCCAUCUCUUCACGAAUGGUGUGAUGACUAUAGAGACGAUUCAAUGGGAUAA